AUGGAAAAUAAUAAUAUAAAUUUAAAUUCAAAUAAAGAAAAAAAUCUCAAUAUAUUAUCUACAAAUGAGAAAUGUUUUAAUAAAGAUGAUAAUGUACAUAAUAUUUCUGACAAUUUCAAGGAUGAUAAUAAAUUUGUUAAUCUUUUUCUCAGAAAAAAUGAUCAACAUGUAGAUUGUCCUGAAAUUAUUUUAGAUAUAGAAAAAAACGAACAUACAGUUGAUAAAAAAGGAAAAUUAUGUAUAGACUCUUCUGAUAAGAAACCUGAAGAAAAUAUAAAAAAAGAGCAUCAAAAUAAUGAGCAUGAUAUGCUAGAAAAAAUACAUAAAGGCAAUCAUAUAGAUAAUAUAUUUAGUGAUAAUAAAAAUGAAAUUAAUUUUAUAUCAGAAGAAAAUAAAAACGAAAAUAUAUUAAAUAAAAAAAAAAAUAUAUAUGAACAGGAUACUACUUAUGGUGAUGUAUAUCUUAUCAGUACUGAACAUAAUGAUACUCAUAUAAAUAAUGAUAAAGACAAAAUUUUUACAUCUAAUGAACAUAAUGAUGCUCAUAUAAAUAAGGAUAAAGACAAAAUUUUUACAUCUAAUGAACAUAAUGAUGCUCAUAUAAAUAAGGAUAAAGACAAAAUUUUUACAUGUAAUGAACAUAAUGAUGCUCAUAUAAAUAAAGAUAAAAUUUUUAUAUGUAAUGAACAUAAUGAUGCUCAUAUAAAUAAAGAUAAAAUUUUUACAUGUAAUGAAAAUAAUGAUGCUCAUAUAAAUAAAGAUAAAAUUUUUACAUGUAAUGAACAUAAUGAUGCUCAUAUAAAUAAAGAUAAAAUUUUUACAUGUAAUGAACAUAAUGAAGAAAAAAUAAUAAUACAAAAAAAUGUAGAAGUUUCUGAUAAGAAAAAAAAAUUUAACACGAAAGAUAAGGAAUAUAUUAAUACAAUAAAUAAUAAAAAUUGUAAUAUUCAGGAUAAUCAUCAUGAUGUAUCUUAUGAAAAAAAUAUGUUGAUCAACGAAAACGUGAGGAAUAUUAAUGACACAUUCUCCAAAACUAUAAAUAGUAAAUUUCCCAAGGAGGAAAAAAGAAAUGAAAUCAGAAAAAAAAAUGGCAGCAACCAAAAGACCAUUAUUAAUAAUGAUAUGGUGUAUGAUAUAAAUGAGGAACGUACAAGUGUUGACGAGAAAAUUGAAAAAUUAAGAAAUGAUGACAUAUUAAAAAGUGGGGACAUAUUAAAAAAUAAUAAGAUUCUAUCAUGUGAUGAAGAAGGAGAAGAAGAAAAAAACGACCUUUCCUUAGAAGAAAUAUUAUACGAAACAACAGAAAGAUCAAAAAGUUAUAAUCGCAAAAAUUAUGGACUUUUAGGUAUAUUAAAGGUUAUAAAAAUGACAGACCCUAAUUUAAAUAUAUUAGCUAUAGGUUCUGAUUUAACAACACUAGGAUUAAAUUUAAAUUCCCCUAAUUAUAUUUGUACAUCUGUUUCUUCACCCUUUUCCGAGAAUCCUAUAGAAAAUGAAGAAGAUUUUAUCAAACCUAUAUCAUAUUUAAAUACAAAAUUUCAAAUACGAUUAUCUCUAUUAUUAAAAUUACAAACGGAGACUUUGUUUUAUAUUUUUUAUAAUUUACCAAGAGAUGUAUUACAAGCAUAUGCAGCAUCAGAACUUUAUAUAAGAAAAUGGAUAUAUCAUAUUAUAUACAAAAAAUGGUUUACACCUAACAAUACUACAAGUACAAUCAAUCUAGAAAAAUGUGCUUCAUGGAUAUAUUUCGAUCCUUUAACCUGGUCAAAAAAAACAUAUAAUAAUUACUUGAAUGUGAAAGAUGAUAUAAUGAAUGUAGAGGAUGUUACGAAAUGUAUUGAGCAAAUAAUUAAAUUACAGUCUUAUUACAACAUACAUCAGCAAAACAUUUAG